AUGACGAAAAGAAUUAUAAAAGAUUCAUUAUCAAAUCAAAAUAAAGAUCAAAAGACUAAAAUUGAAAAAAAUGAUAAGAAAAACAUAUAUGAAGAAAAAAUAAAAGAAAAUAAUAACCGAAACAUUUUAACAUUAAAUAAAAUAUUGGAAGAAAAAGAUACAGAAAAUAAAAAGAAAGUGAAAAAUAAAUUAAUAUGUAAAAAAAAAAUUAGUACUAACACAAAUGAAAUGAGAAUUAUUACAAUUCCUAGACAAAGAAAAUCAUCUGUUUUAAAAAAUUGGUUAGAAUUAAUAAAACCAAUAGUAACAAAUUUAAAAUUAGAAAUACGAAUGAAUAAAGAUAAAAUAGAAGUAAGAACAUGUAAAUUAACAGAAGAUAAAAACAAUUUACAAAAAUCAUCAGAUUAUAUAAAAGCAUAUUUACUUGGUUUUAGUAUAGAAGAUGCAUUAGCUUUAUUAAGAAUUGAAGAUUUAUAUAUUGAAAGUUUUCAAAUUCAAGAUGUAAAAAUGUUAAAAGGGGAUCAUUUAUCUAGAUGUAUUGGUCGAAUUUGUGGGAGCAACGGAUCAACAAAGUACGCUAUUGAAAAUGCAACUAAAACUAGAAUUGUAAUAGCAGGGGAUAAAAUUCACAUUUUAGGUAGUUAUAAUAACAUUAAAAUGGCUAGAUAUUCAAUUUGUAGCUUAAUUCUUGGUUCUACACAAGGAAAAAUUUUUAAUAAAUUAAAUAUUUUGGCAAAAAGAUUAAAAGAAAGAUUUUAA